AUGUCUACCGACAAGAUUACUUUCCUGACCAACUGGCACGCCACCCCGUACCACGCCCCCCUCUACCUCGCUCAGAGCAGAGGAUACUUCAAGGAUGAAGGUCUGAAGGUUGCUCUGCUGGAGCCCAACGACCCCUCCGACGUGACCGAGAUUAUCGGCAGCGGCAAGGUCGAUAUGGGCUUCAAGGCUAUGAUCCACACCUUGGCGGCCAAGGCUCGCGACUUCCCCGUGACCUCCAUCGGCUCCCUGCUCGAUGAGCCUUUCACCGGUGUCGUGUACCUCAAGUCUAGCGGUAUCACCGAGGACUUCCGCUCGCUGAAGGGCAAGAAGAUUGGAUACGUUGGCGAGUUCGGAAAGAUUCAAAUCGACGAACUCACGAAGUACUACGGCAUGACCACAGACGACUACACCGCCGUCCGCUGCGGCAUGAACGUCACCAAGGCGAUCAUCCAAGGCGACAUCGAUGCGGGCAUCGGUCUGGAGAACGUGCAGAUGGUCGAGCUGGAAGAGUGGCUCGCAGAGCAAAACCGUCCACGCAGCGACGUGCAAAUGCUACGGAUCGACCAGCUCGCCGAGCUGGGCUGCUGCUGCUUCUGCUCGAUCCUGUACAUUGCGAACGACGCGUUCAUCGCCGCAAACCCAGACAAGAUCAAGGCUUUCAUGCGGGCCGUCAAGCGCGGCACGGACGCCGUGCUGUCCGACCCAGAGACCGCAUACAAGGAGUACAUUGACGUGAAGCCUAUUAUGGCGACUGCUGUCAACCGCAAGAUCUUCGAGCGGUCGUUUGCGUACUUCUCGCGCGACUUGAAGAAUGUCCAGCGCGACUGGACUAAGGUUACCAAUUACGGAAAGCGCUUGGGGAUCCUCGAUGAGCAGUUCGUGCCGAACUACACGAACCAGUAUCUCUCCUGGGGACUGGAUGCUGAUUCGGAGGAUCCUACUGGUGACCAGAAGCGUAUGGCGGCGCUCCAGAAGGAGGUUGCUGCUACUGGUGGGUACAAGCGUCUUGAAGUCGGCGCUGAGGUCAAGGCUUCUGCUUAG